AGAUCAGAAGGAACUGUCGAUACGAAGCAGUUUAGAGUAGACGUUUCUGUAACUUUAGAUUUUUUUUAAAAAAAAUUAAUGAAUAUAAUUUUAAACUAAAGUGUGUAAUUUUUUUAACCCGUAAAAUGGUAUUUUACUUUACGAGUGCGGUGGUGGAUCCUCCCCACACUAUUUACAUGGGAAAGGACAAAUAUGAAAAUGAAGACCUAAUCAAGUAUGGUUGGCCUGAAGACAUAUGGUUUCAUGUUGACAAACUGUCUUCAGCUCAUGUUUAUCUAAGAUUGCCUAAGGGUCAGACCAUAGACACUAUUCCUCCAGAGGUGCUGAUAGACUGUGCACAGCUGGUGAAAAACAACAGCAUCCAAGGAUGCAAGAUGAAUAACAUAAAUGUCGUUUAUACACCAUGGGCCAACCUGAAGAAAACUGGAGACAUGGACGUAGGACAGAUAGGAUUUUAUCGACAGAAAGAUGUGAAAAUUGUAGCUGUGGAAAAGAAGGUUAACGAGAUUGUUAACCGCUUGGAAAAAACAAAAGAGGAACGUUUCCCAGACCUGGCAACAGAGAAGGAGUCGAGGGAUCGGGAAGAGAGGAACGAGAAAAAAGCUCAACUCCAGGACCAGAAGAAAAAAGAGAAGGAAGAGCAGAAAAGAAAAAAGGAAAUGGAGGAACUCAGGAAUUAUUCAUCACUGAUGAAGACUGAAAACAUGAAGACAAAUGAGGAUGGAUAUGACUCUGACGACUUCAUGUAAGACUUGAAGCAGACGACGUCUCCACCACCACUGAUCAGAUCUACUGUCAGGAAGCUCACCUGGCUGCUUUUGCUUGCUGUUACUCUGCACUGACAUUUUUGGGAAAAAGGUUUAAAAGAGAAGAAAACAAAGAGAAAAUGCAUACCUUGAACUUGUGGGACAUGAGGCAGAGAGCGAGCCAGUGGACGGAAGCACAGCGUCCGGAAUUAUUCCCGUUCUUGACUGCUUCAGACUCUUCACAGCAAGACGAGAAAGAAAAAAAAAUCAUAAUUAAGGCUCAUUUACAGAGAAAGGUUUAUUCAGCCGAACAGUGUGUGAUUGGUUGUUGUUUUUUUUUGUACUGCAUUUAAAACUUAUGUUGAAGAAGAAAAAGUAAUAUCUAUAUGGACCUACAGUACCUGUUCACCUUAUUUGCAUUUUCCUGUAUUAGAUCUGAUUCAAUACAAAUGUUGUAUGAAUUAAAUUCUUUGACUUGC